AUGUCACUUCUUUCAAGACUUCGUUUCUCGCCCCCUUUCAAACCACCAACCAGUUCGCGCCCCUUUCAACACACCAACCAGUUCUCGCCCCCUUUCAAACCACCAACCAGUUCUAGCACCUCUUUCAAACCACCAACCAGUUCUCGCCCCCUUUCAAACCACCAACCAGUUCUCGUAUCCCUUAAAACCACCGGCCACUUCUCGCACCACUUUCAAACCACCAACCAGUUCUCGUACGUUUUUCAAACCACCAACCAGUUCUCGUACCCCUUAAAACCACCGGCCAUUUCUCGCACAUCUUUCAAACAACCGGCCACUUCUCGUACCCCUUUCAAACAACCGGCCACUUCUCGCACCUCUUUCAAACCACCAACCAGUUCUCGUACCCCUUUCAAACCACCGGCCACUUCUCGCACCUCUUUCAAACCACCAACCAGUUCUCGUACCCCUUUCAAACCACCGGCCAUUUCUCGCAACUCUUUCAAACCAACAACCAGUUCUCGUACCCAUUUCAAACCACCAACCAGUUCUCGCACCUCUUUCAAACCACCAACCAGCCACUUCUGGCACCUCUUUCAAACCACCAACCAGUUCUCGCCCCCUUUCAAACCACCAACCAGUUCUCGUAUCCCUUUCAAACCACCGGCCACUUCUCGCACCUCUUUCAAACCACCAACCAGUUCUCGCCCCCUUUCAAACCACCAACCAGUUCUCGCACCUCUUUCAAACCACCAACCAUUCUCGUCGUUAAAACUGCCAGACACUUCUCGCACCCUUCCAAAACCACCGGCCACUUCGCACCUCUUUCAAACCACCAACCAGUUCUCGUACCCCUCUUCAAACCUUUCGGCCACUUCUCGCACCUCUUUCAAACCACCAACCAGUUCUCGAAACCUUUCAAAAUACCAACGUGUUCUCGUAUCCCUUAAAACCACCGGACACUUCUCGCACCUCUUUCAAACCACCAACCAGUUCUCGUACUCUCUUUCAAACCACCGGCCACAUCUCGCACCUCUUUCAAACCACCAACCAGUUCUCGAACCCCUUUCAAACCACCAACCAGUUCUCGUAUCCCUUUCAAACCACCGGCCACUUCUCGCACCUCUUUCAAACCACCAACCAGUUCUCGCCCCCUUUCAAACCACCAACCAGUUCUCGCCCCCUUUCAAACCACCAACCAGUUCUCGCACCUCUUUCAAACCACCAACCAGUUCUCGCACCUCUUUCAAACCACCAACCAGUUCUCGUAAUCCAUUUCAAAACCACCGGCCAAUUCUCGCACCUCUUUCAAAACCACCAACCAGUUUCUCGUACCCAUUUCAAACUACUGGCCACUUUCGUACAGUUCUCUUUCAAACCACCAACCAGUUCUCGUCAAACCCCCUUAAACCACCGGCCAGUUUCGCACCUCUUUCAAACCACCAACCAGUUCUCGUACCCCAAUUUUCAAACCACAGGCCGUACCCAUUUCUGGCACCUCUUUCAAACCAGCAACCAGUUCUCGCCCCCUUUCAAAACCACCACCAACCAGUUCUCGUAUCCCUUUCAAACCACCGGCCACUUCGCACCUCUUUCAAACCACCAACCAGUUCUCGCCCCUUUCAAACCCACCAACCACUUCUCGCACCCUUUCAAACCACCAACCAGUUCUCAAACCCCCCUUUCAAACAAACCACCAACCAGUUUCGCACUCCUUUCAAACCACCAACCAGUUCUCGCCCCCUUUCAACAAACCACCAACCAGUUCUCGUAACCCUUAAAACCCACCGGCCGAACCCUUCGCACCUCUUUCAAACCACCAACCAGUUCUCGUACCCCUUUCAAACCACCGGCCACUUCUCGCACCUCUUUCAAACCACCAACCAGUUCUCGAACCCUUUCAAACCACCAACGUGUUCUCUUCUCGAACCCCUUUCAAACCACCAACCAGUUCUCCGCAUCCCUUUCAAACCACUGGCCAGUUCUCGCACCACUUUCAAACCACCAACCAGUUUCUCAAACCACCGCCCCUUCAAACCACCAACCAGUUCUCGCCCCCUUCAAAAACCACCAACCAGUUCUCGCAAACCUCUUCUUUCAAACCACCAACCAGUUCUCGCCCCCCUUUCAAACCACCAACCAGUUCUCUCUUCUCGUACCCCUAAAACCACCGGACACCUCUCGCACCUCUUCAAACCACCAACCAGUUCUCGCACCUCUUUCAAACCACACCGGCCACUUUCGCACUUCUUCAAACCACCAACCAGUUCUCGAACCCUUUCAAACCACCAACGUGUUCUCGUAUCCCUUAAAACCACCGGACACUUCUCGCACCUCUUUCAAACCACCAACCAGUUCUCGUACCUCUUUCAAACCACCGGCCACAUCUCGCACCUCUUUCAAACCACCAACCAGUUCUCGAACCCCUAUCAAACCACCAACCAGUUCUCGUAUCCCUUUCAAACCACCGGCCACUUCUCGCACCACUUUCAAACCACCAACCAGUUCUCGCCCCCUUUCAAACCACCAACCAGUUCUCGCCCCCUUUCAAACCACCAACCAGUUCUCGCACCUCUUUCAAACCACCAACCAGUUCUCGCACCUCUUUCAAACCACCAACCAGUUCUCGUAAUCCAUUUCAAACCACCGGCCAAUUCUCGCACCUCUUUCAAACCACCAACCAGUUCUCGUACCCAUUUCAAACUACCGGCCACUUCUCGUACCUCUUUCAAACCACCAACCAGUUCUCGUACCCCUUUCAAACCACCGGCCAGUUCUCGCACCUCUUUGAAACCACCAACCACCAGUACUGAACCCCCUUUCAAACCACCGGCCACUUUUCUCGUACCUCUUUUCAAACCACCAACGAUUACUCAAACCACCAACCAGUUCUCGUACCCCAGCCACUUCUCUUUCAAACCACCAACCAGUUCUCGUAUACCCUUUCAAACCACCAACCAGUUCUCGUACCCCUUUUCAAACCACCGGCCAAUUCAAACCACCAGCCCUUUUCAAAACCACCCACCAGUUCUCGCAAACCACCCUCUUCAAAAACCACCAACCAGUUCUCGAACCCUUUCAAACCACCGGCCACUUCUCGCACCUCUUCAAACCACCAACCAGUUCUCGAACCCCUUCAAACCACUGACACUUCUCGCACCUCUUUCAAAACCACCAACCAGCUCUCGUCCCCCCUUUCAAACCACCGGCCACUUCUCGCACCUCUUUCAAACCACCAACCAGUUCUCGCCCCCUUUCAAACCACCAACCAGUUCUCGCCCCCUUUCAAACCACCAACCAGUUCUCGUACCCCUUAAAACCACCGGCCACUUCUGGCACCUCUUUCAAACCACCAACCAGUUCUCGUAUCCCUUUCAAACCACCGGCCACUUCUCGCACCUCUUUCAAACCACCAACCAGUUCUCGCCCCCUUUCAAAACACCAACCAGUUCUCGCCUUCUUUCAAACCACCAACCAGUUCUCGCACCUCUUUCAAACCACCAACCAGUUCUCGUACCCCUUUCAAACCACCGGCCAAUUCUCGCACCUCUUUCAAAACACCAACCAAUUUACCGAUUUUAUUUGGAUAGUUGUUCUUUCUCGCCAUUUUUUUCUUUGCGCAAUCAACUGUUCGUGGAUGUUUCUGAAAGUGACAAUUCCUUGCUCUUUCUAAGUUUAUUCUUCAUUGUAUGUCACUGCCAAUUCUUGGCUUCCAUAUUUAGUUAG